AUGUUCAAAAAGACAAAAAAGGGUGUUCCUGCCCCUGCAGGUGGCCCCCACAACCCCCACAACCGCCUCUCUGACAACUCUUCUUCCAAUGCUCUUGUCUACGCCCACCCUGGCGACCAUCAUACACACAUCCCCAUGGAGCACCUCAACGACCCCAAGUUCAACAACAGUGACCCCCACCUUCAUGAACACGACCCUCUCCCUCCAGCGGUCGAUUUCUCGAACGUGACCCCGACUGCUCGCUUCCAGUUCCGUGCCUUGGCACGCCGUGCACUCUCCUACCACAGCCGUCAGCGCAGCUCCAACAUCUGCUGUCUCGUCAUCUGGCCCGUGUUGUUAGUUGUCCUCUGCCUACUCUUUUCCCUCAUCAGCAAUACAGGUGGAGGUCUCGGCAAAGGGUCCAAUAUCGCAGCCUUCUGUGCCAACGACGCUGAUCCUACGACGAGUAGGUCGUUUGAAAUCGGAAAAAUUCCCGUUGACCCUAAUGGUAGCAAGAGGGUCCCUGCAGCGUGGUACCCCACCAGCUUGUGGUCCAGUCGCUACACCGAUCCUCUCCCUUGUGUUCGUUGGUUCGGAGAGUCUUUCCCAAGGAAGGCUCCCUACGAGAACACCACUGUUGCUGGAGCUGCUCAACCGGACAGUUUCUACACUCCUUCGCCAGUGAAUGGAUGGUUUGACCUGCCCGAGACUGAAGACGCAUGGCGCAAGAAUGACAACCAGGACGUCAAUCAGGGCACCCUCGCCUUUUUCAAUUUCAUCGGCGUCAAUCAGACACUAUACAUCACCACCUCCGACGCACAAGUAGCCCAGGCCAUCGGAUCCUCGCCAAAGCUGACGCCCAAGUUCGAGUCUCAGGUCUGGCCCCCAACCAAUGCCAGCAUCGUCUACUCUGUCAACACCACCGCAGGGCCUGGCAGUAACGCUGGAUCGGGACUCUUGGGCUCUAUCCCCAUCCGCUUUGCCUCCUCUCAGACCUACCGCAGAAAUACGACUGACCCCAACUCCUCGUACAUUCCUGUCAAGAUCUUCACCCCUCAAGUGUUCACGACUCUCAAGGACCAGGCCACUGCGGAUGAUGUCAUUGCCGAAAUAGUCAAGAAAUUGGCCGGCAAGGACGGAUACAUGGACUACAAGGAAAUGCCCUUUGGCGCCCUUCACUUUGAUACCGUCGACACCGCGUCAGGCAAGUUAAAGGCUACUAUGCAGUUUGGACAAGGCCCUUCGGACAAUCAGAACUACCUCUCUGUCCCCUCGGGUCUCCGCCAGAUGAUCACCAUCACCCAGUUUACAAACGCGAUCGUCAAGACAAAGUUCUCCGGAAAGUACUCCAUCUCCCAGGGUCUCCGUACUCUUCCCUUCGAGUACGACAAUACCAUCUCGAACGGCUUCAUCUUGAACCAGCUCUCACUCCGCCUGUUCCCCUUUGCCCUCUGCUUCUUGAUGCCCACUUUUGUCUCUAUCCUUGUCCAGGAGAAGGAGGACCGUCACCGUAUGAUGAUGGCCAUGAACGGACUGAAGAACUCGUCAUACUACAUUGCCCACUACGUCGAAUUCCUGACGAUGCAACUGAUCCUCUCGCUCUUUUUCUGCUUGGCCUGCGCCGCUAUCUCGUCCCAAGUCAUUAUGCGUACCAACCCCGUUAUCCUCCUCGUCAUCCUUAUCCUUUGGGCCCACGUCCAAACUACCCUUUCCUUCCUCUUGGGUUCGCUCUUCUCAAAGACUCGUCGUGCCACCCUGAUCGUCUACUUCUUUGUCGCCAUCUCCUGCAUGAUGGGUGCUGCCGCCGAUACGAUUUUCACAAACGGCAUCCCCACUGCUUGGUUCAUCCACCCCAACUUUGCUUUCUUUAACAUCUUGAGCGAAGGAAUUUCUCAUGCUAGUAGAAUCAACGGCAUGGUCCCUUUGGCCUGGGCAGAUUUUGCACCCGGCAAGAAUUUGUUCUUCUGUGUCAUGAUCCUCAUCGGCGAGAGUUUCCUUGCCCUCCUCUUGACCUUCUACAUUGAUGCGGUUGCUCCCUCAGAGUACGGUGUUCAGAAACCCUGGCAUUUCCCAAUCUCGUCCUUUUUCAAGAAGAACAACGCCUCGGCUGACCCUGAGUCCCGCCUGGCUGCUCACCACAACUCCCCCUCUCACAACGACGAUGUUUUGGAGGGAGGUGAUGCCGAUGUCUAUUCAGAGCGCGAGCGUGUCCAGACAAAGUACGACCCCGCCACCACCCCUCUGAUCAUCAACAACCUCUACCACUGCUACCGUGGCAAGGUCGAGGCUGCCUUGAAGGGCAUGUCCUUUGGUGUCGAGACCAACACUGUCCUCGGUCUUUUGGGUCCCAACGGUGCCGGAAAGUCGACCAUGAUCCAUCUCUUGACGGGUCUUUACAGCCCCACCUCUGGAACUGCCCAUGUUGCCGGCGCCAACAUUCGUACUGAUAUUUCAACCGUUCAUGCUCGCAUCGGUGUCUGUCCCCAGCACGAUAUCCUUUGGGGUGAUCUUACUGUUGCCGACCACCUUUUGUUCUAUGCUCGUCUCCGUGGUAUCCCCCCAAGCCUCGAGAAGCAAGCCGUCGAGUAUGCCGUUGCUUCGGUCUCCUUGACAACGUUCCGCGAUCGUCAGGUCAAGGGCCUUAGUGGUGGUGAGAAACGUCGUGUUUCGAUCGCCAUUGCACUGUUGGGCGACAACCGCGUUAUCUUCUUGGAUGAGCCUUCGACUGGUCUGGACCCUCACGUCCGUCGUGUGAUCUGGGAUAUUGUCAACCGUGUCAAAGUCGGCCGCACUCUUGUCUUGACCACGCACUCGAUGGAGGAGGCUGAUAUUCUUUCGGACAAGAUCGCGAUUAUGACCAGCGGACGGCUGAGAUGUAUCGGCACCAGUCUUCACCUGAAGGAGCUCUACGGAUCUGGAUUCCGUCUCAACGUCAGCUCCAAGCCCGGUCGUCUGGAGGAGGCAUGCCAGAGCGUCGAGCGUCAGAUCUUGGCUGGUUUGCAAUAUAAACGUAUUGACAAGUUCACCAACGCCACCACCUUUGAGUUUGACUUCCAGGACCAACAGCACCAGGACCAGGACCAGCGCCAGAAUACCUUGGCAGGUCGCCGUGGCUAUGGUCACCAGGAGCGUGGUCAGUUGUCGACCAUCUUUGGGCUGUUAUCGCGGCCUGGGCAGUUUCCUGCGAUCGAGGACUGGGGUCUGAGUCAGACGACUCUCGAGGAUGUGUUUGUCAAGAUUGUCACCGAUGGCGACUCUGACCUUGCCAUGCCCACCAUCGUCUCCGCGUAG